GGGCAGUCUGACUUCCACCGGUAGAGGAAGCAGAGGAGGCUCGGCAAAGGGCACGGCUUGCCUUCAGGGCGAUUGACAAUAGGCGGCAGCCAUCUUUGAUGUGGGCAAAGUGCCCAGCUGCACACCGAGCCGUCCUUCCCCGCGAGGCUGCCGAGGCUGAGGCCGUGGCGGCGGCCGGCUGGUUUCCAUGAUGAUAGACGCCCGGCCGAGGCGACGGCUACUGCUGCUGAGGAGGCGUCAAGCGGCGGCCCGGUUGCUGGGCGUCCUGUGGCUGGCGUGUGUCGCCGCGGAGGGCGUUGCCGGCGGGGAGCCCCCGCUCAAGUGCGACGAGCUGAGGCUGGGGCAAUAUAUUUGUGAAGAUCCCAAAAUAGACAAUAGCACACAAGAACCACUGAAUUGUACAAAUCACACAGCAAACGUUCCAUGUCGUCCAGCACCAAAUAUUAUUUGUAAGGAUCACAGUGGCAAUGAAAACAACUUUACUGGAAAGGAAGUUGGAUUUUACAAACCUAUUGCAUGUCGUAAUGUAAAUGGUUACUCAUACAAAGUGGCAGUGGCUCUGUCUUUAUUUCUUGGAUGGUUGGGAGCAGAUAGAUUUUAUCUUGGGUAUCCUGCCUUAGGUUUGUUAAAGUUCUGCACUGUAGGGUUUUGUGGAAUUGGUAGCCUAAUUGAUUUCAUUCUCAUUUCAAUGCAGAUCGUUGGACCUUCCGAUGGUUCUAGUUACAUUAUAGAUUACUAUGGAGCAAGGCUUACCAGGCUGAGUAUUACCAAUGAGACAUUCAGAAAAACACAGAUGUAUCCUUAAGUCUGGCAGGAAGUGUCAUGUACACACACAGAGACCUCUUUCAAACCCCUUGCAUUUACUGAGAGGAAGACGUACGGAAAACAUGUGAUGGGAAGCCACUGUCUGCUAAGGAGCUGACUGAUACCAGCGUCUGUGUGACUGACUGUCCCUGCAUAGUCUGAAGAGAGCAGGACUACCCCACUGUAUGGAUUGCAUAGACAAUAGCAGAAGCCGGGGAAAGGAGGAAUCUUUAUCUUUCAGGGCUGUCAUUUCAUGAUCUCAUCCACUGUAGCCCUACCAAGAGGAAGAUGUGCACCACUUUUCAGUUAUUUUGUUAAAUAAGCAUGAGCAAUGAACAUCAUGCUAACAGACACAAUUCCUGGUAUCUCAUACAGUAUCUUGAAUUUAAAAGCGUGUGCUAGUGUAAGUGUGUAUCUGGGAGGUAUGGGGGCUGGGAUGAAAAGUGACUGACUUGACAUUCGCUGUCUUUCUCCCAGCUCCUUUGCAAAAGUAGGAACAGAAUCAGAAUAAAAAAUGUUUGUUUUACAGCUGUACCAAGUUACAGCACACUCUCCCUCCUCCUUCCCACUUGCAUCAAGUACAUCCUGUACUUUUGGCAACAUGUUGACUGGAUAUUUAAAAGCUGUGAACUGUUCUGAAAGUUUCACAUACAGGGUUAUGAGCCAUGUGUGUUUGAUCAAAAUUCAAUUACUGCACUGUACCAUGCUUGGAAACCUAUCAUCCCAGGUUAUGAAGUAUGACGAAAUAGGCUAAUCUAAUUGGUUCAGUAUGGGAGCAGUAUCAACCAAGCUUGUUAUGAUAAAUAGCUUCCUGUGUUAAAGGUUCUCUAGAGCUUAAGUAUCUUGGCUCACCUCCUCCCAGAAAAUAAGAAUAUUGUUCCCUGAGAACAGUUACAUCACUGCCCCUCUUCUACAAUCACAAUUAAGGGGUAAAAUUUUUCAUUUUGCUACUCCUUGAAAAGAUAAACAAUGGAUGAGUAUCUGCCCCAUUUCUCACUUCCCCACUUCUACCUCUUCUCCCCUCACUGCCCCCUCCCCUCCCAGCCAAGGCUAGAUCAUCUUGUACUCACCCUGGUUGUUGGAUCUGUUUUACUACUGUUUGAGACAAUCCCAAAGAGAACGUUAAACUUGCUGUGGGCUGGAGUUUGGGGGUUGUACGGUUUUGUAUUUGGGGGAGUAGAAUUAAAUGGUGAAUCAUAUUAAUAUUUCCAAGCAUCCAAUAAAACUGCCUUGUCACAAUGAAUUGUAUAUCUAUGGAAAUGUUGCUAUCCACUUGGAAUUUUUAUUUUAGUAGUAGUUUAAGUCCAUUGUGCAAGUGCUGACAUAAGAGUUGAGAUGGGCUAGUGUUCUAAGCCGGGAUUUGUGAUUGCUAAAUGUGUCCCUGAGACAAUGAGCUCAGUCCCAUGAGAAGGCACUAGCUCCAUGGUUUUAGCAGACCCGUCUUCGGCAAUAACUGAUUGUCUGUGGUCCUGAUGUCAGAGUAAUAGACUGCGGCAAGGGAUAGAACAUGGAAAAAUGGAUCUUUAUGCUCCCUGGCCACAUGUGUGUUAUCAUGCGUCAAGUGACGAUUUGAGUGAGGUUACAACUACUCAUACUCUCAAAUCCCUUUAGGACAAAAUGAUUUUGUGGUUGCUAUUUUAGCUUAGGCAGAAUACGGUCUGGAUCUUUUUAAACACUUUUAAUAUUAGUGGAACUACUCCCACGAGUAAAGUUAUUCACAUGCAUAAGUGUUGGUAGGAUCAGACCCUAUGUGACUGAGUCUUGGUGUUUUCCCCAAGAGUGCUUAAAACCUGAUUAAGUCUGUAUGGUGAUUAAUGUCCACUUACCACCUCUCUCAUACCUCACUGCAAUUUGGUUUUAAGCCUUGAUCUCAUUUUAGUUCACCAUUUAAAUAUCCUGCUUAACUUUUUGCUUACAAAUGUACAUAAUGCUGAAGUCUGUAUUUCCAGCGUAUGAGAUCUACUGUACAUAAUGGCAUUUCAUUAUAAAAAGCAACAACUUUAGUCACCACAAGAUCAACUGAUGACUAAGUCCAGCAAUACAAAAUUGCCUCGUUAUCUCUAGCCUGCUUCUUGCUUGCUUAUAUAUACCUGCCCCUGGAAAUUUCCACUACAUGCAUCCGACGAAGUGGGUAUUCACCCACGAAAGCUUAUGCUCCAAAAUGUAUGUUAGUCUAUAAGGUGCCACAAGACUCUUUGCUGCUUUCACAGAUCCAGACUAACACAGCUACCCCUCUGAUACAAUACAAAAUUGGGGAGUGCAGAAUUCACCACAACAGACAAAUAUCCAUGUCCACAUAAGAUGAUAAAUAUGCCUUUCCUAUGCUCCUUAGCACUUUGAAACCCAGAUUUGAUCAAUUCUUUAUUUUACGGUGUUUGUUUUCAUUUUUUCUUUAAAAAUGCAAUUAGUCUAACAACUGAGAGUCAAUGCAAUUCUCCCCAAAUAUCUCAGAUGAGAGUAAUCCAUUUUAUCUUCAUAAAGUUCCCACAAGAAGUGCUCACAGAGACAGUAGCUUUAACUUCAAAAAUAGAAUGUGACCGUAGGCACUUAUGCUAAUCUCUUUUUUGGCAAAUCAGCUUUUUUGUAUUGGAUCUCGCUUGAUUGAAUAGCACUGGAGCUGCCAGAGUAAAUGCUAUUAUCAGUGUACAGUAAUUAAGGAAAUAGUCCUUGUCACUCUAACACUGUCCAGGCUGUGUCUACUGUAACAAAGUUAAUGGUAAAGAAAUCUCUUUAAAGAGUAAGCUACUGGAGUGUGGUUACUUUUGACAUGCGGUGAAACUAUGCAGUGUUGAAUUAUAGGUUAUGAGAAAAUGUAUAAAAUAGGCCAAUUGAAACCUAAAUGCAUGCUGCUGAACUCUAAUACGUUAUUACACAACAAAUUAAACAGUUAACCUACUGACUCAGAGCCAGUUGAUUGACUCUGAAUCCCCAUCCCAAAAAAAGAGAGAUUCUUCUGUCAUUCAAAAACCUCAAGACCUUUGCAGCACAGGGAAAAGCCUAUGUAAAUGGCGAACCAUGCAGCAUAGCAACAGAAUCAAUACAUCUGGGCCCUUUCUAACCAACUUGGGGAGUGAAUUUAAGUAUAGAGGACUCACUCCAAUUAACAGCUUGCCCCCAAAUUCCCUCCCACUUAAAACUGCAGACUAUUAGUCUGUGCUUCAGCUGAUCACACUUGUGAUCGGACAUGGAUAGGGGCAGAGUUCCUAAGUAGUGAAGACAAACCAUUUAGGACCUCCUAAAUUAAAACCAGCAGCUUCAGUUGCACAUAUAAAUAAAACUAUGGCACAAUAGUGUCAUUCUCAUUGUGAGAAAUGCCACUUAGUAAAUGGGUAAACUCCAUUCUGCACUACCUGAAGUUUCCAAGUGAUCAGGAAAGCUCAUUGCAGUAAGAUACUGUGGAGGUGACAAAGGCAUUAAUAACUAUGACAAGGUGUGCAUUUGUGAAGAAAGAUUAUGGAUUAUGAUCUCUUGCCAGGUUGAAUUACGUGCAGAAAAUACGAGGUUUAAGCGGGUUAUACGGUAACCAGGCAAAGUGUUAAUAUUAAUCAAGAACUGUGGUGGAAAACAUUGUCCAGGGUAUAAAUACCUGCAUUGCAAAAAAAAAAAAAACACACGAGUCUGUAGAGUAGAGUAGUUAUACAAAUUGAUAUAAUGGGAAAGGAGAACAAGUCAUAACUAUGCACCAGAGUCCAAAGGAUGGCUGCUAAUGCAGUACACCAGUACCUGUAAGAAGCAGUAGAGUAGCCAAAGCUCAUGUAUGUCUUUUCUUUUUCUCAACCUCAUAUCUGUGUAAUGGGUGUGUGGUAAUACAUUUUUCAUGUUAUUAAAAAAUGUGACAGCUUUA